AAAACAUCAACAAAGGUGUUCCUGGUGUCCCUAUGCCCGUUUGGUGUUAUCCUUUUUUCCGUGUUUUCCUCAAUUUUCUGAAAGAAAGACACCGAAAGAUCGGCUGAAUCAUGAAGUUUCGAGGAAAAAUGACAGAUGCUGGGGCUGUGCGUCAGUUGACAAACUUGGCAAGCACCCUGGCUAAAAUGAAGGCUGCCUCUGUGACCCUGCGACUAUCGAAGGACCUGUCUACCUUUUCAAUGUGCGAAGAGGCUGGCAGUGGAGUGAUUUGUUGGUGUGCUCUUGAGCAAGGCCAGCUUUUCACUGAACUAACCCUAGAAGGGGCCACAGCCGAGCACAACCAAAUCUGCAUGCACCUCAGUCCAGCUUUGGUGGCCAGUGCACUAACCUCGUCAAAAAAUGCCUUGGGCGUUGCCAAUAGUGUGAAAUUGAAGCUGACCAACAAGAAAAGCCCUUGCCUCACUUUCCAAAUUGAUUUGCCAAGCAUCGGUUUGAACCCAAGAACAUGCAUUCAUGAUGUUCCAAUAACUUUGAUUCCUCGCUCUGAGUGGCCCUUGCAUGAACACCCAGAAGUUCCAAUUCCAAAUAUAAGCAUCCGUGUGUCAAGCGUAAAAAAAGUGAGGACCGUGAUUGACCGUCUGCGCAAACUGAGCUCAAAGCUGCACAUUCGGGCCUCCAGCAAUGGUGACCUUUGUCUGCGAACUGAGACGGACGCUGGCACUUUUGCAACUUUCUUUCAGCAUAUGCCCGUCAUUCAGUCAGAAGACACAAAUGACGGGAAUGUACAGACUGUCUCGCUGUGGAUCGACGCGAAAAAAAUUGCUCAGUUGCUGGCUAGUGAUCAGUUAAAUACUGAGUAUCUCACACUAGGUCUCAUUGAUGACAGAAUGCUGCACGUGAUAUUGACACAGAAUGAUAUGCACCUGCAUUAUCUCAUUGCAGCUAUUUCCCUCUAACAUAUGGUACAGAAUCUAGCUAUUUAUUCUCUUAUAAAUAUUUGCACUUAAAUGAAAUGUUAGCUUGAGUCGCUUUUAAGUGUAAGAGCCAGGCGUUAUUUAAAGAGAAUUGUUGAUGUUUGCAAAAUCCUCUUUACCAAUGCAUAAACUCAUCGCUACAGAUUCAGUUGAAGCCAAAAUUGACAUUGCUAGCACUAAAUUUUUGAGAAAAGUGGCUGCAAAGUUAGCACUCUUUUCAAAUGGAGAGUACUGUCUCCUUACUUAAUAUCUUAUUUU